AUGGUAUUAGCUAUUGUUGUUUAUACAGAAUGGAUACUUUGUUCGAGUUUUGGACCAAGUGUCGCUCAAUCAUGUCUACUUAGUUUACUCACAAAUAUUUAUAUUGAUUUACAAUUAUCACAAACACAUUCGUUUAACAUAAGUCCUGAGCCAGAUUAUUCAGUCAAACAAAGCACAACUACUAUUGUUGUUUAUGAUUUACAUAAUGAAAAACAAAAAGGUAUAACAUUCUCCAUGAGUUGUAAUUAA